CGCGCGCCUUCGCCAUCAUCGCCGCGCGCCGCGUCCGGGAGUGACGCGCGGGCUCCGGCACCGCCAGCAUGGAGGAGGCGGGGGCCGCCCCCGCCCCGGCGCUCGCCGAGCUGCGGGCGGACGAAUGUUACGCUGACUUCUUCAGAGAAGACUUUGAUGUGAAAGCUUACACUUCCCAGUCCAUCCAUCAGGCUGUGAUAGCUGAGCAGCUGGCUAAACUUGCUCAAGGUAUUAGUCAGUUGGAUAAAGAGCUGCAUGUACAAGUUGUUGCAAGACAUGAAGAUCUGUUGGCCCAAGCAACUGGAAUUGAAUCCCUGGAAGGUGUCCUCCAAAUGAUGCAAACUAGAAUUGGUGCUCUACAAAGCACAGUUGAUAGAAUUAGAGUCAAAAUUGUUGACCCCUACAACAAAAUAGUGUCUCGCACAGCUCAGCUAGCAAAACUUCAAGCUGCCUGUGACUUGCUGCGGAGGAUAAUACGCAUCUUGUAUCUCAGUAAGAGACUUCAAGGACAACUGCAAGGAGGAAGCAGAGAGAUAACAAAAGCUGCCCAGAGUCUCAAUGAACUUGGUUGCCAAAGAACUUUUACAGGUAGCAGAACAGAUUAUCUUUCUCAAGGGAUAGAUCUGUCUGGAAUAGAAGUGAUUGAAAAUGACCUGCUUUUUAUUGCAAGAGCUCGUCUUGAGGUGGAAAACCAGGCUAAAAGGUUGCUUGAGCAAGGUGUGGAGACUCAGAAUCCUACUCAAGUGGGAACUGCUCUUCAGGUUUUCCAUAAUCUUGGGACUUUGAAGGAUACCAUUGCUAAUGUGGUUGAUGGAUACUGCACAGUGCUGGAAGAGAACAUAAAAAAUGCUUUGGAUAUCAAAGUGUUGACCCAGCCAUCUCAAACAGUCACAAGAGGUGGCCCUGGUCGAGCUGCUAUGCCAACACCUGGGAACACAGCAGCUUUUCGAGCAGCCCUCUGGACAAACCUGGAGAAACUCAUGGAUCAGAUCUGUGCUGCUUGCGGACAGGUGCAGCAUUUGCAGAAAGUACUGGCAAAGAAAAGAGAUCCUGUGUCACAUAUCUGCUUCAUAGAGGAGAUAGUUAAGGAUGGCCAGUCUGAUAUUUUGUACAAAUUUUGGACUGCAGUAACCCAGACACUUUCCUCUCAGUUUCAGUCAGCAACAGACUCCUCUAUGUUUUUGAAACAAGCAUUUGAAGGAGAAUACCCCAAAUUACUGAGGCUUUAUAAUGACUUGUGGAAGCGCCUCCAACAAUAUAGUCAAAAUAUUCAGAGGAAUUUUAACACAAGUGGAACUAUUGAUCUUUUUGCUGAACUACAACAAAUGGAAGAAGAUGCACAGGACAUAUUCAUGCAAAAAAAUGAAGAUUACGAUCCAGAAAAGGCCUUGAAGGAUUCACUGCAACAGUAUGAAGCUGCCUAUCUGUCAAAAUCCUUGUCUCGACUGUUUGACCCCAUCAAUCUUGUCUUUCCUCCUGGAGGUCGGAAUCCUCCCUCUUCUGACGAGCUUGACAGCAUCAUUAAAACUAUAGCCAGUGAGCUGAACGUGGCUGCUGUUGAUCCAGACCUGAGUUUAGCUGUGGCCAAAAACGUGGCGAAGACCAUUCAGCUUUAUGGUGUAAAAUCAGAGCAGCUUCUGUCCACUCAAGGAGACGCCAGCCAGGUGAUUGGGCCACUGACAGAGGGCCAGAGGAGGAACGUGGCCGUGGUCAAUUCUCUGUUCAAACUGCACCAGGCCGUUCUGAAGGUUAUUACCAGUCAGAGCUCAUUUCCAGCAGCUGCUGAGCAAACGGUCACAACUGCUUUAAAGGCAGUCCAUGAUCUAAUGGGUAGUGCUGUUCAGCCGCUACUGAACUCUGUAGGAGAUUCAGUGGAAGCUAUCAUCAUCACUAUGCACCAGGAAGAUUUUUCUGGAUCAUUAUCCAGCUCAGGAAAACCAGAUGUCCCUUGUUCUCUCUACAUGAAAGAGCUUCAGGGUUUUAUAGCAAGAGUCAUGAGCGACUACUUCAGACAUUUUGAGUGUUUUGACUUUGUUUUUGAUAACACUGAAGCCAUGGCUCAAAGAGCAAUUGAGCUUUUCAUUCGCAAUGCCAGUCUAAUCAGGCCCCUCGGAGAAGGCGGGAAGAUGCGCCUGGCAGCGGAUUUUGCACAGAUGGAGUUAGCAGUAGCACCGCUGUGUCGGCGAGUCUCUGACCUGGGAAAGUCUUACAGACAGCUGAGGUCAUUCAGACCACUGCUGUUCCAGACUAGUGAGCAUAUUGCCAAUAGCCCAGCUCUGGGAGAGGUUAUUCCAUUCAGCACUAUUCUUCAGUUCUUAUUUACAAGAGCACCACCAGAGCUAAAAUCACCCUUCCAGAGGGCUGAGUGGUCCAUUGCCCGCUACUCCCAGUGGCUCGAUGAUCAUCCAUCUGAAAAAGACAGGCUUGCUCUCAUACGUGGUGCACUGGAAGCUUAUGUUCAAUCAGUGAGAACAAGAGAGGGAAAGGAGUUUGCACCAGUCUAUCCCAUAAUGGUUCAGCUGCUGCAGAAAGCCAUGUCAACCCUUCAGUGAGCAGACGUGGGCAAUGCUCUCACACCAGGGAAUGGAUGGUAACACAGCUGGGGGCUUUGGUGUCACAUAAGUACUCACUGUUCAUGUAAAUUAUCCCCAGGUACAUCAGCUUUACAGUGAUAUGUUUACCUACUUCAUGUCUGAAACUUCUGUCUUCUUGCUUUAUGUUCACGUUACAGGAACUCACUUAUACAGAAACAUUAUAAGGAAAUUGUACAGCUUUUAUGUGCUGUAAUUCCACAUCUAAUUGAAACAUUCUUAAGCAUUCCUUUUGAAUUUAGAAAAGUAUAAAAUUAGAACUCAAAUAUUACAGUGUAAUUGCUGAAUAUCUCAAAUAAGGAAGCAGCUCUUUUCCUACAAGCAGAGUUUUAAACAGUUGAAUACAUUUUAGUCGUAUUCAGAAAAUUGUACUUUUGAAAUGUUUGAAUCAUCAGUUUCCAUCUAAAAAUCACUAAUUUUAACACAAGGAAAAAUAUUUAUAACUAACCUAAAUGCUUCUCUAUUGCACUGCUAUUUGCUUAGAAAUAAUUUAUAUUGAUUUCAACUUUUCUUGCUUAAACUGUAAUAAAGAACAUUAACUAUCCAA